AUGGGUUGCGGUGCGAGCACUCCGCCUGCAUCGCACCACAGAAUGACGCUGUCCCAGCACAGACUGCCACUGUCCCAGCUCAUCCCUGCCUUUGAUCAGAUCAACAUGCCAUCGCGACAGCAUGCUGAUGCAUGUCAAGAUCAAGGGGCGGCCGACCCUGAUGCCGCAAGGUACCAGGCGAGCGCAUUCAAGGAUGAGCACGAAGAGCAGGGUCCUGUGGUCCAGCAUGCAAGCACCCGUUCCAUGUGCCGGCCAGUGGAGGAUGAGUCAGGUGAGGACGACAAGGACCCCUGGUCUUCCUGGCGUUCAUACUGCUGGCAGGACAGCCCAAGAAAUGCCCCCCUGCCUCCAGAUCGCCGCUUACAUGACCAGCAUCUUAGGAGGCUGGAUGAUUUUCGCCGGGAGGUGGAACAUGCGCCCAAGACAUUUGCGCGGUUGGUGUACCUGCACCGGCCACACGUGAUAAAUGUGAGAGUGCUCCCCGUAGAAAGAGGGGGUCAGAAAAGCUGA